CUCUCUCUCUCUCUCGCUCUCUCCCCCCCUCCCUCCCUCCGUCCUGUAUGUGUGUGUGUGAGAGAGAGUGUGUGUGUGUGGGAGAGAGAGUGUGUGUCUCGUAGUUUUAUUGCCCUGUAGUUUUUUUUUGUGAGACAGCGCUAUGGAUGGAGACGGGAGCCAAGCCACGUCCGGAAGCCCGAGCGACACGCAGCAUGACCCGGGCAAAAUGUUUAUCGGUGGCCUGAGCUGGCAGACCUCACCAGACAGCCUUAGAGACUAUUUCAGCAAAUUUGGAGAGAUCAGAGAAUGCAUGGUGAUGAGAGACCCCACAACCAAACGCUCAAGAGGCUUUGGAUUUGUUACGUUCGCUGACGCUGCCAGUGUAGAUAAAGUCCUAGCUCAGCCGCACCACGAAUUGGACUCAAAGACGAUCGACCCUAAAGUGGCCUUCCCUCGCCGCGCUCAGCCUAAGCUCGACCAGGAAAAGUGCAUGUUUGCAGAAGACUUGAAUAUGGUCACAAGAACGAAGAAAAUAUUUGUUGGAGGUCUGUCAGCGAACACGGUGGUGGACGAUGUGAAGCAGUAUUUCGAGCAGUUCGGGAAGGUAGAAGACGCUAUGCUAAUGUUUGAUAAGACCACUAACAGACACAGAGGCUUUGGCUUCGUAACUUUUGAGAACGAAGACGUCGUAGAGAAAGUCUGUGAAAUUCAUUUCCAUGAAAUCAAUAAUAAAAUGGUAGAAUGUAAGAAGGCCCAGCCCAAAGAGGUGAUGUUCCCCCCGGGCACGCGGGGCAGGGCCAGAGGUCUGCCCUACACCAUGGACGCCUUCAUGCUGGGAAUGGGCAUGCUGAGUUACCCUAACAUCGUGGCCACGUAUGGGCGCGGAUACACUGGAUUUGCCCCGAGUUAUAGCUACCAGUUUCCAGCCUCUGCUAGCUUCGACAAUAUUGUACCAGGUUUCCCGGCAGCGGCGUACGGUCCGGUGGCAGCGGCAGUGGCAGCGGCACGAGGCUCAGGUAGGGGCGCCCGAGGAAGAGGCAGCUACGUGGCGUACCCACAGAACCCGGGGCCAGGCUUUCCCGAUUAUGGGUUUUAUUCCGCACCCAGUGACCAGCGGGGGGCGCCCUGCUCCUUUGCCGACUAUGGCUCCCUGGGGCCUCAGGCGGCUCAGAUGCUGCAAAGCGAGCACGCCACAUCUGCCUGCAACUCUCCCCUGCAGCACCUUCACAGCCCGGAUCAGUUUAAGAGCCCAGGUGCUAACCCUGCUCGGCCCGGAGCCUUCCCAGGUGCCAACAGUCCUGGGCCUGUAGCCGAUCUGUACGGCCCGACUAGUCAGGAAUCGGCCGUGGGGAACUACAUCAGUGCUGCUAGUCCUCAGCCUGGCUCUGGCUUUAGCCACGGCAUCGCUGGCCCCUUGAUUGCGACGGCUUUUACAAACGGAUACCAUUGAGACCUAACAGGUGGUCGGUCGCCAUCUCAGAGGAGUCUGUACCUGUUUUGAUUCCUCAGCAUAAAUCUGGAGGUCCUGGGAAGACGAGCCGCAGUUUCUAACUGGUCGUGUACAGGUGAUGACGUGAGACUUCAAGCACUGCAGCAUCCCUUUGUGAAAAGGACAGGGGGUGGCAUCAUGAAGAAGAAAAGAACAAAGGAUAUGUUAAGCUCUUUAAAAUAAAUAAAUAAAUAAAUAAUAAUAAUAACUGCUGUACCAUACCCCCCACCCUCUUGUAACCACAUAACUUUUAUUUGUUCUGUAUAUUUUCUUUUGCUUUUAGUUGUUUAUGUAGUUGGGGGGAAAAAAGGUUUAGUUGGUUUGUCAUCAUUUAAAUUUUUCUUUUAAAUAUUUCUAUUCAAGUGAAUUUUCUUUUGGCAUUUUGGAAAGUGUAGUUUGUGUUUACUGGUCAUGUCUGAAUUACCUUUGGUACCAAUUGUUGUAAAGCUCAGAUUUUAUGGUGUCAUAUUUGCACAAAAACAGUGAACGAUCCGGCGUUACAGCUUUGAGAGAACCCCGAGAGAUAAACUGACCUAAUCAAUCUUAGUAGCUGUUUUUAAUUCUUGUGAUGUCUCAUUGUCGAUCAUAAUUACCUAUUUUUGGGCAAUACAAAAAAGAGGACUCCGAUAUUUUUAUGGUCCUUUUUUUUUUUUUAAUAAGUGUUGUUUUUGUCGUUUAGGGGGAAAAAAGAAAUGUAUACUAUGGCAUUUUUUUUUUUUUAGGUUUUUUCUUUUUUCAAAUGAAUACAUUGUGAAUUCAGAUUUAAGAAGAAAAAAAAAAGUAACUGUAAAUAUUAUUCCAGUCAUUGCAUAUAACCUACUCAGAAUGGGGGGGAAAGUACAUAUUUUUCUGACCAUGUGUCAAAAGAAAUUGUUCCAGGGUGUGAAUAAACAAAAAAAUAAAUAUAUAGGUCUUAACAGAUUAUUAUCUAGGUGUCACAAAAAUACAGUAACGUACCCCGGUGACGAAUCGGAUCUAUCGGAUAGCUGUUUUUCGCUUGCUGUGUAAAUACUCGAGCUGAAUAAUUUUCCAAGUGUCAUACCAGCAUAUUUACAAACCGGUGACUACAGGGCACUGCUCACAGUCGGUUGGUGGAGGCUUUUAUUUCCGCUCUGGAGAUUCAAGCUUGAACUUUUGAGAGAACGUUGUUUCAAUCCAAAGCACACUGUAGGUAGUGUUAAAGAGAUUUUACUCUGUGUGACCUGACACUUUUAUACUCCUGACGAAAAGAAAAGAAAGGAUAAAAAAAAAAAAAAAAAAUGACUAUGUUAUUUGGUGGUGGUGGUGUUUGUCCUGUACACUCGGUUCUACCUGAUUUUGGAACUCGGUAUCUGUACAUUUCAGUUAGGCAUGUGCUGAUGUAAAGCAGAACACUCGAUCACAAUACUGCUGUGAUGCGUUUCCAGUAAUUGCGGUUACGCCGUUCUUGCUCUGUUUAGUAGAAAACUUUGAGAACGCGGCAUGAGGGUCUUCUAAGGGUGCUUCACUUUAGACAUUUGAGUGAGUUCUCAAAGAUUCUAAUUCACUGGAUAUUUGAAAAUUGUUUCAGAAAUCUUUUAUUUUUUUUCUCCCCACGAUUUAGUCACUUUUUAAAAAUACAACAUUGUGAAAAUAAAUGUUGUAAUCUGUGAUCGGACUUUUAUCGUUUUUGUGAUAUUUUAUCGUGAUGUAAUUGAAUAUCAGCACAUGCCUAGUUGCAGCUUAUUCUUUUUAAAUGAAUCGAGAAGGCAAACCUUUUAUACCAUACCUCAGUGCUGUGAGUUUUAACGGUGGGAAAUACGCUUAGAAAAAAAAAAUGUAAUUUAUUUUAUCGGCGAGUUAACAGGCAAACCAUGCUGAGCUGAGUAUAAGGCUAAAUCAUUGCACUGUGACCAGUGGAAAAGCCCUCUGACCGCUUCCUUUUUGCACAUGUUGAAUGCUCCUUGACCAGGGUUUCAUGUAUGAAGACUCCAUAUGAAUGUCACUGCGAGGCAAGCAAAAAGAAAAGCAGUCUCUAGACCUCGGAGCUUAGAUCUCAUUUCAUGGCUAUAGCCGGCAUAGACUCUAAAAUAUUGACAUAUUUUAGAUACAGCUGAUAGAUGACACUGAAUACGUUCAUGCAGAGAACCAGAGCUGCUGUGCUAACUUUUUCUUGUAUAAUGGACUUUGGGUUUUUGGUCAAAGAUAUAUAACGUUUAAUGAAAUGAUUUUAAAAAGUGUGGUUUGUUGAAGGUAAUGAUUCGAUCGAUGUAUAUUUGUACAUUUGUCUCUUGUUUCCUGUACAAGUUUUUUUUUUGUUUGUUUGUUUGUUUGUUUUUCAUUCUUUCUUUUUUUGUUCGGCUUUCAUUUUAAUGUACACCGAUGCUCCAAAUAACCAGGUGAAGCAAAAUGCUGGAUGCUUUUUACACAAUCUGGAGAUACGAUCAAGUAAUAAUUUAAACAAAAUGGAAAAAAGAUGACUAUUGUAAUGUUCAAAUGUACAAGAAAAAAAAAAUGAAAUACAAUACUUACACAAAAAAAAAAAAAAAAAAACGGAAAAAUGAUGUUCCUUCACUGUUUUUGAUCGGGGGGAGGGGAGUUGGUUAAGAUUUUAUGAUAUUUUUGUCGUUGUUGAUAUAGUAGUGAAUAUACUAAUUAUACUUCAAUGUACUGUGUACUCAAAUUCUCUGUCUCUCCAUUCCCUAGCGCCACACUCAAGCUUCAGUUCAUCAUUGUAUUUAGUAGGCAUGUGCUGAAAUUCAUAUGUAAUAUACACGCAUACGAUACACGGUUAUUGUGGACCUGUUGAAAUCUUGUUUUUUAUAUAUUUAUGUAUACAUAUAUAUAUAUAUAUCUAUAGCUCUGGCAGAUUUUUGUGCUAGAGGGGGGGAAAAAAAAGGUCCCAUUUAGAUACACUGAAGGAGGCAAUCCCAUCAUUCUGUUCACUGGACUGAGAUGUCAGUCUAAAAGAGAAGUGAUUUUUAUUGAUUGUAUUCAUUUGUUUUCACUAUAGUCUUGUGAUAAAUGCAAUGAUGAAACAUGAAGCAACUAUCGUGACAUGAGUGUUUCACCUCAGCACAUGCCUAGCAUUUGGUAGUAUGUAAAAUCACGUAUUGUAACGACGUGCCGUCUUUGAUACCCGUAGAGUGUUUUCACGUUUCCAUGGCCAUUCUAUCCCUCCUUUUCUCUCUCUACAUUAAUAGGUGCUGAGUAGACUUGGCCGUUUCGGUCGGACCACUAAGGAUCAAACGUUCGCAAAUUUCAUCUUUUACCCGAUUCAUUUGUUCACGUGGUUUUCCGACUAACCAAAGCUUUCAUGAAAGAACUCUACAAUAAUUGCAGAAGACAGAAAAAGAAGAAAAUGAAGCGUCGCUUUGCAACACACCAUAGAAUGUUUGUUUUUUAAGCAGUGUGCCAUACUACCUUAAAUCAUAACGCACAACUUACUGUGGGUUGUAGAUAUAAACGAAACGACGAUUUAAAUUUUAUAACUCGGCAGUAAGAGAUCGGUGGAGAUUUUAAUGUGGAAAUCUUUUAACUGAUUCUAGUACAGCGCCUGUAAGCAAUUAACUGUUUUGAUGUUUGUACGAUUUAAAAACUGUGCUGCUCUUUUUCCUAUGCCUUUAAACAAAUCUUUUCUUUCUUUUCCAUGUAUAAAGCUGUAAACAUACACACUCAGUUGCCAGUUUAUUGGAUAACGUAUCUACAAACUCUGAACGGAUGACAGAAAAUUGGAUAAAACGGGAUUUAUCAGUUGCGCCUGUGUCGAAGCCGUUGAAAGAUUUCGAAUGUAUACCUACAAGCCUGUGAUCGCAACACGAUAAUCGGAUUCUGUAUCAACACAUCAGGUUUAAACCAAUUAAACUGUUACACGUAAAACUGUAGAAUAGCCUAAUCUUUGUCUAUACUGUUGCAAAGCUUACUGCUACCAGACUACAUUUCUUGGCCAAAUAAAUGUUUAUAACGUCUAUUAUUGCUAAUUACUUAAAAAUUAAACAGCGCAUUUCAGAACAUUGUCUACUUUGCAUUGUGCAUAAGAACAUGUUAUUAUCUAUAAUACGAUCACUACCAGGUGCCCUCUCAUGCUUUCAUCACUUAGAGUCUGUAGUCUAUCUGAUUGAGUCUCUAACAGGACACCUACAGGUAGGUGUACAACAAAAUGGCCAGUAAGAAUACAGCAAGAGUUAGCGCACUGUCGCUAUUCCACCACUCAAAUAUCAUCAAAUGGACAGGGUCGAGCAUCUCUAAGCAGCAAAAAAGAUAAGCUACACUUCGUAAUUCUAAAGCUGUAAUGAGCACCUAAUAGGCAAAUUUACCUGGUAAACAUGGCAAUACCUAAUAAAGUGACCACUGAGUGUAUAUACAGUACAGCUAUAACUAUAAACAGUGAAAACUUUAAACUGUCUCACGAAUGAAAUUUAUGAGUUAGCAGUAUUGCCCCAGCUCAUAACAUAUGAUGCGAUAGGUUAUGUGUUACAAGACAAACCUCCACAGCACAACACCACCUAUAAAAUACAAAGUCCUCAGAAAUACAACAAGCCAGAAUAUUAAACAUGCAAUAUUGUUACUAUGGACAAUUUUAUACAUCAUUUCAUUGUCUUCAAGACUUGAAGGUGGG